GGUGGUAAAUAGUAAUAAUAACAAUAAACGAAAGAGUCCUACAGGUGGAGGAGGAGUGGGAGGAGAAGGAGGAGGAGGAGGAGGAGGAGGGAAUGAACUUGUACUGGAUACGUUACAAGUGCAAAAGAAGAAACCCAAGGCCAAAAAGAAGAAGGUUCCUAAAGUGAUUGACCCGAAUGCACCACCGAAACCCAAAAGAAAGACAGGAUUGAAUAAACCACUGAUUCUGAGUGCAGCGUUGUCGGAGCUGAUGGACGGCGACAAAGAGUUAUCGAGACCUGAGCUAGUGCAAAAGUUGUGGAAAUAUAUUAAAGGAAAUGAUCUUCAGGAUCCUGCUGAUAGACGGUUUAUUUUGUGUGAUGAAAAGUUAAAAAAGAUAUUCGAUCAGGAUCGUAUCAAUAGUUUUGGUAUGAAUAAGGAUUUAUCAGCACAUCUUACAAAGAAGGAAGAACCCAUUUCCGCUGGUACUACUGAUACUGAUGCUACUGCUGCUGAUACUGCUGCUGAUGCCCCUCCUGUUGAAAAUGGCGAAUUAUUACUGAUUCAGACUACAGAUUUACCUUUAGAUCCCAUUGUUCAACAAGAACCAACACCUUCAAAAGAUGACACGCCUACAGAAGAUGACUUUUUAUUAUAAUUUCCACACACACACACACACACACACACACUACAACCCCCCUUUUUUUUUUCUUCUCCUAUUAUACUCUCUUUUUAUUUUACUAUAUACCUUUUUAUACAUAUUUUCAUCUCUCUGACCCCUCCCCUUCUUUUUCUUAAUACUUUCCGGGAUAAACAUCACACCAAAAAAAAAAAAAAAAUCAUUUUCUACAGCCAAAAAAUAAUAAAAAAAAAAAAAGUUUCUACAGUUCCAAAA